ACUUCACCGGGGCGCGUGACCCACCGGUGAUGUCGAGGACAGAAGGCUCUCAAGGCUCUCCGCGCGGAAGCCGCGCCAGUUGCGGAAGCCGCGGUCUGGCGGGGUUGAGUGGCUUAGCGCUGUUAUCCCCGCGGCUGAGCGCCGCCACGCGCGCCUUGAGUCCCAGAGACACCAUCGGCCUCCUACGACUGGGGAUCAACCCGGAGGCUUUAAGCCGCAGCCCUGGGGUGUCGCGGGGCCCCAGUCCCAGCAGCCGUGCUGCCAGCGCUGCCAGCCGUGGUGCGAGUGGCAGCCGCUGUCGCUUUUUGUCUGCGGAGGACGAGGAGCGAUUGGUGCUGAAGGGUGCACAGGAACGAAUCCGCGCAGAGGCGCGCGAGCGCCGUGAGCAGCUGAGGGAAGCGCAGCGCUUGCAGGCCGAGCAGGAGCUCUUAGUCCGCCAGCAACGGCGCAGCGCGGAACGUGAAGCCCAGAAGAGGCUCAUUGAGAAGGA